CAGAACACACCGAGCGCCCAUCUCUAUUGCGUUUCGAAUAUUCCAUUUUUAAGCACGGGCACGGGAGAUCCGAUCCGAACGGCCAAAUAACUCCAAAUUAUUGCACAAAAUUAUAAGUGAACGUAGUGCGUGCUCUCCUUCGCCCACUUUUGGGUACCUCGCUCUUUCGACGGUGCCCCGAAACACCUAAAAAAGUGUCCGCGUAUCGCGAGUUUUCCCAAUGAAGCGCUGAACUCGGAACGACCGACAGCAGCAGCAGUAGCACCAACAACAGCGCAACAGAGGGGAGAAGAACGGAUAAAGAAAACAGAUAGCAAAAUGCUGGAGCCGCCGAAAUUCAUUGAGAACGAUUGCUACAUCGGCAGCCGGAGCUUCACUUGGCUGGCGGAUAUGGUGGGGCUCUCGGUGGACCUGGUAAACUUUUUACUCUGCCAAAUACUGGCUCUCUUCCUGGCCUCACUCUUCCGCUCCGUGCUGCAUCCUUCAAAGGUUUCCAGCAAACUGCGCCACACGUUCGCCCUGUCGAUUGGCUUGGCCUUUGGCUACUUUUGCUUUGGCCAGCAGGCCAUCCACAUUGCCGGACUUCCGGCAAUAUGUUACAUUGUCAUCCGCACCCAGGAUCCGCGCAUCGUCCAAAGAGCCGUCCUGCUGGUGGCCAUGUGCUAUCUGCUGUGCAUUCACCUGAUGCGUCAGCUAUAUGACUAUGGAUCCUAUGCCCUGGACAUUACCGGGCCCCUGAUGAUCAUCACCCAAAAGGUGACCAGUCUGGCCUUCAGCAUUCACGAUGGCUUCGUGCGGGGCGAUGAGGAACUCACCAAAGCCCAGCAGUACCAUGCCAUUCGCAAAAUGCCCUCGGCCUUGGAGUACUUCUCCUACGUGUGGCACUUCCAGAGCAUUCUGGCCGGCCCCCUGGUCUUCUACAAGGACUACAUCGAAUUCGUGGAGGGCUACAAUUUACUGAGCAGUCCACCAGGCAACGGCAAUCUGGAGAACAGCAAGAGGGAAGUGGUGCUGGAACCUUCACCAACUAAAGCGGUGAUACGCAAAGUGGUUGGCAGUCUCGUGUGUGCAUUCAUAUUCAUGAAGUUUGUGAAAAUAUAUCCGGUGAAAGACAUGAAGGAGGACGACUUCCUGGACAACACCAGCGUGCUCUACAAGUACUGGUACGCCAUGAUGGCCACCACCUGCAUACGCUUUAAGUAUUAUCACGCCUGGCUCCUAGCGGACGCCAUUUGCAAUAACUCAGGCCUAGGUUUCACUGGCUACGAUAAGGAUGGCAACCCCAAGUGGGACCUGAUAUCCAACAUCAAUGUGCUGUCGUUUGAGUUCUCAACCAACAUGCGCGAUGCGAUUAACAAUUGGAACUGCGGCACCAACCGCUGGCUGCGAACCCUCGUCUAUGAGCGUGUUCCCAAGCAGUACGGCACGCUCCUCACCUUUGCCCUCAGCGCCGUCUGGCACGGCUUCUAUCCGGGCUACUACCUGACCUUCGCCACCGGCGCCGUCGUUGUGACGGCUGCGCGCACCGGCCGGCGACUCUUCCGCCACCGCUUCCAAAGCACGCAGGUCACGCGAAUGUUCUACGACAUCUUAACCUGCCUGAUUACACGCGUCGUACUGGGCUACGCCACAUUCCCAUUCGUUCUGCUUGAAUUUAUGGGCAGCAUCAAAUUGUACCUGAGAUUUUAUUUGUGCCUUCACAUCAUUUCACUAGUGACCAUAUUUAUUUUACCCAAGUUUAUACGCGGCGAACGCCGCUCUCGCACGUCGAAUAGCAACGGAAACGUCCGGCUGUCGGGCAGCGGCAAUGUCAAGGAUGCGGUGACCACCAAUGGAGGAUCUCCAGCAGCUUUGACCGCUGGCAAUGAUCUCAGCGAGGAUGGAGAGGAGGAUAAGCACGCUCAAUGUAAAGUCCACACGCCCACACAUCAGCAGCCAGCUGCUGCCCUACACAACACUACUGAACAACAGACAUCCGAGCAACCGAACAAUGUAAACCUUCGACCACGCCCACAGCAGCAGCAGCAGCAGGCACAACUAGAGAAGAAGCAGAUGCCCAGGUGCGCCCGAGACGCAGUUAGCGUACCCCAUGACCAGUGCGAAAUGGACCAGCUGUCCAGCAAGCUAAAGGAGAAGAUCGAGGCCGAGACCAAAAACAUUGAGGAAUUUAUUGAUAAGACUGUAACCGAGACCGUCAGCGGCAUUGUGGAGUUCAAGAAUGAUCUGAUGCGGGACAUCGAAUUUCCCAAGCUGAAGCUGCCCGGUAGCAACGGCGGCAUUCCCCUAGACUCUUCAAAUGGCGUUGGUCUGCGCAAACGCAACAUAUCCUCUGUCCAUGACAAUAGCACAGAUCCUGGCAAUGACACCGCUGACCUGCAUCAUCCCCUCGAGGAGAACGGCGCCGCCUUUCUGAAGAAGGAGAUCGAGGUUAUCAACGCGGUGGUGCAGCAGGCGGUGCCGGCAGUGCUGAGCAAUGGUCAUGCGAAAUAGUAGCAUGGACGAGCAAGUGUGAGGAAUUCGAAAAAAACAACGACGACGAAGAUGCCGCGGCAGGAUAUGGAGGCAGGCAUUCUUUGAAAUGGGUGCUGCACAUCUGAUUGAUUAGUAGAUACAUUUAUUAACUGAGAUUUAUCCAACACACGCACACGAUAUACGCACACUAUACGCUCAGUAACAAAUGGAGAAACUGUGUGGUUUAAUUUGAAUAUAACGUUUUCGUUGAUAGUCCUGAAGUACACAGAUGUUUACACUAAAGCUAGUGUCUAAGGUGGCGGACAAGCCAAAUAAUAAAUAAGAUGCACUUUUAUAUUCGGUAUACAUAUUUAUCAGCAGGCAAAACCUAUAUUCAAACUAACUAAAUGUGCACCAAAACUCUAAUUGUUGUUGAAAAGAAAUCUAUAUAUGUUUGUACAUGUUUGUUUGUUAAGAUCCCAGAGCCUGAGCCAAACCGGAUGUUUCAAAUGUAGUCCUUACACAUAUCCCCAAAAUGUAUACAAACCUUGACAGGUCAGCCGAUCUGUAAGCGCGCAAAUACCCAGCCGACUGAAUGCAAUCCAAUACUUUAUACAAUGUUGGUUCCAGAUCACCACAAAAACAUUUGAAACGCUGUGUUUGACUCUUGCUCUUAAAAUUGAAAACUAAUCCAUAUGUUGAAACUUUUACCAUAUAGUCUAUGUACGAACAAGUAACACAAUUUUUCAACCAAUUGUAGUUAAAACCCCGCCCAACGGAACGAUAACAAAUCGUGACCAGUAGAACCAAUGAUAUCCUCCUCAAGCAACAAAAAAAGAUGAAAUACAAAAGUCAACCAAAUCUACACUUUAGACUGAAGCUAUUGACAUGUACUAAGCGACAACUAAAAGCAAAAAGCCAAGCAAAUCGUGCGUAGUUAAAGUUAGUUAGUAAGCCGUCAAGUUGUUUUUGAUAUUACAUUUAAACCAAUUUUUGUACAACUGCGCGAGUGUGGCUGGAAAGGAAUGUCCGGCUUGCUUCCUCUAUAUAUACCCUUCCCACCCGGCAUUUUAGCUGGUCAAACUCUUUUUGUAAAUGUUCGAGUCCUCCACUUGUGGCUUCCUACUCCGUAGAUCUUAAGCAUGGUCCUUACAUAACCUUUUUGUUUUACCCUUUAUCUUGUUAGUUCCAAUAAAAUAUUCGCCACAAAUCCUCACACAUAAGCGAUAUAUUUUUAUAUUUAUUGUAAUACCAGAUUUCGGCGCACAUUUUUUUCACUGUCGUAGUUUUCUCCUGAAAAGAUCCGCAGGAGAAAUUCUCGACAGGUACCAAGGUGUUGUGCAGUCCAGUCGCAUCAAAUAUACAAAACCAAUUUGAGCAUUGAUAUUCGACAAAUAAAUCGUAUAUGUGUAGAUAA